AUGGCGUCAGACACCGUUAGGCUUCCUUCCACUCGCUGUCGCUGGUUUAUUAUCCACAAAAGGAGGAGUGGUGGCGAGGGUGCCGCAGCCCCACCACAGGCACAGCUCCUGCCGUCCUGCGGGAUGGCGCAGUGCAGCAGCGUCGCCGCGAGGCCGGACCAGCGGAUUGGGCCAUGCCGCUGCAGCUCGCCGCUGCCACCGUUCCGGGCGGCGCUGCCGCGGGGCAGGCGUGCGGAGAGGAACGGCAGGAUCGGCUGCACCUCCGUCCCACGGGAACUCGGCACGGCCGCGGAGGCGGAGCUGCCGCCGGUGGUCGUCGAGGGCACCGAGGAAGAAGCUGUAGCGUGUGAAGAGUGCGACGGCAUGGGGUGGAUGCUCUGCGACUUCUGCAAGGGGAAGAAGAACAACGUCAAGUCGGAGGGCACCCGGGUGUACCGCCGUUGCCCAACGUGCAAGGCGGCGGGCUUCAUCCUGUGCCCAAGAUGUAGGGUGUACAAGUGCAUCACCUUCCCCGAGAGCGAUGAAUCGUGA